AUGCAUUACUUUUUAAAAAAAUUGUACUUAUCCAAACCCAAAUUAACUAGUACAAUAAGCAAUGGAAGCCUUUUUGGCUGCAGUCGCCACAUUUCUCUGUGCACGGGGCUUGUGUUGGUGGGAACAAAUUGCCUCUCCGGUAAGACAACAGCAAUGUUCGUUCCCGACAAGCCUCGUCCUGAAGAUUUCUACAAAGACGACAAUACCAAUUCCUCCACCACCGCACGCGACAUGAUUAUCGAUGUCACUGCCGACGGAGCAGUAGAUCUACAGCCUCACAAUCACCACCACAGCCACCAUCCUCAUCAUCAACUCCAGCCGCAACAGAUUCUCCUCGGAGAAAGCAGCAGCGAGGAUCACGAAGUUAAAGCUCCGAAGAAACGAGCGGAGACGUGGGUCCAAGACGAGACUCGUAGCCUAAUCAUGUUCCGUCGAGGCAUGGACGGUCUCUUCAACACCUCCAAGUCCAACAAGCAUCUCUGGGAACAGAUUUCGGCGAAGAUGAGGGAGAAAGGGUUCGAUCGAUCUCCGACUAUGUGUACCGAUAAGUGGAGGAAUCUUUUGAAGGAGUUUAAGAAGGCGAAGCAUCACGAUAGAGGGAAUGGAUCGGCGAAGAUGUCGUAUUACAAGGAGAUUGAAGACAUUCUUAGGGAGAGGAGCAAGAAAGUGACGACGACGCAGUAUAGCAAGAGCCCUAAUACACCCACUGCCAAAGUUGAUUCCUUUAUGCAAUUUGCUGAUAAAGGUUUUGAUGAUACGAGCAUUUCGUUUGGAUCCGUUGAAGCUAAUGGUAGGCCAGCGUUAAACCUUGAAAGGCGACUCGAUCACGAUGGUCAUCCUCUUGCAAUCACUACAGUUGAUGCUGUUGCAGCAAAUGGAGUUCCUCCUUGGAAUUGGAGAGAGACUCCUGGAAACGAAGCAGGUGGUGAUACUCAUGGUCAGCCUUUUGGCGGGAGGAUCAUCACCGUGAAAUUUGGCGACUAUACAAGAAGAAUCGGCGUUGAUGGUAGCGCCGAAGCAAUCAAGGAGACAAUCAGAUCGGCCUUUGGGCUAAGAACACGACGGGCUUUUUGGUUAGAAGAUGAAGAUCAGGUUGUUCGUUGUCUUGAUCGAGACAUGCCUUUAGGGAACUAUCUACUCCAUGUUGAUAAUGGACUGGCCAUUAGGGUUUGCCAUUAUGAUGAAUCCAACCAAUUACCAGUUCACACAGAGGAGAAAGUCUUCUACACGGAAGAGGAUUAUCGAGAGUUUCUAGCUCGAAGGGGAUGGACAUGUCUGCAAGUCGAUGGUUUUAGGAACAUAGACAACAUGGAUGAUCUUCAACCAGGUGCUGUGUACCGAGGAGUGAGAUGAGAGAAUGUGAAACGCUAAACACAAAACAGUUUCACUGUAAAUAUUUUUCUCAUUCCCUUUGUACAUUUCCUCCUCCCUUUUUUCUCCCUGGGAAGAACAAAGAAUGUAGUACUUGCUCAAUUAUGAGAUAUCAUUGCAUGUAUGAUAUCAUAUCAACUUACACAUGAAUAAGACCUCAAAUAGUUGUUUUGGUAUGUUACCAUUUGGAAAGAACAGAACAGAAAAGAAGGAGAGGCAUACGUUACUAAAGAC